AUGUCUCUAGCCGAAUAUCUCUCAUAUGUCCCUGAUGAUCUUAUUGUUGAAAUUCUAUCACGGCUUCCAGUGAAAGAUCUUAUGCGUUUUAGGUGCGUUUGCAAAACCUGGAAAUCCAUCAUCUUUGAUCGAAGUUUUGUGAAAAAACAUCUUGAAAGAUCUUCAAAAAAAAUCCAUCUCAUAAUAACCCGAGAAGAAGUCCUCUAUGAUGGUUUUGACUAUGACUAUGGUGAUGCUUAUGCCAUACCCUACUCCAUAAAUCAAUUAUUCGAGAAUCCAUCAUCAGAUGUUGAUGAAGAUGACUACUAUCAAUUAAAUGGUUAUUGGAUCAUUGGCUCAUGCAAUGGAUUGGUUUGUUUGGGUGGUUAUCAUGGUGAAGAAGACACAAUUUACGAAUAUUGGGUCCAAUUUUGGAACCCAGCUACAAGGAUGAAAUCAAGGAAAUCUCCGCGCUUACAUGUCAAUCCAUGUUGUCAAGGAUUCGACCCAUCAAAUUCUAUAGGCUUUGGAUUUCUUUAUGAUGAUUUGAGUGCCAUUUACAAGGUGGUGUCAGUCCUUUCAAAUUGUAGAUCCAAGAAAACAGAGGUAUGGGUUUACAACUUAGGUGGCAAUUGUUGGACAAAUAUCUUUAGUUGCCCAAAUUUCCCCAUUCUUCGUCAAAAUGGAAGACUUGUGAAUGGAACUAUUAAUUGGCUAGCUAUCGACAUGUCAAGUUCUCAUUAUGAAGAGCGAAAUGAUAUUAUCGAUCCGUUAGUAAUUUUUUCAGUUGAUUUACAAAAGGACACAUAUAAAUAUUUAUUGUUGCCUAAAGGUCUUGAUCAAAUCCCAGAUAAUGAUCAAUUGAGAAUUGUGGAAUUAAGGGAUCGUUUGUGCCUUUAUCAUGAUCGCAAUGCAACCCAUUUUGUUGUUUGGCAAAUGAGGGAGUUUGGAGUAGAGAAGUCUUGGACUUUGUUGAUGAAGGUCACUUAUAAUCAUCUCCAGAUACCAUACCCUCCAGAUCGUCCAUUACUUCCAUUCUGUAUAUCAGAAAAUGGUGAAGUCUUGAUGUUGGUAAACAAUGAUGUGUUGAAUAUGACUUUUUAUAAUCGGAGAAAUAACCGAGUAGAAGUUAUUCCAAUUCCAAACAACAAUGCUUGGUGGCAAGCUACCAAUUAUAUUCCAAGCUUGGUUUCGCCUUUUCAGAAUUAAUCUCCUAUGCAACAAUUUGCUUGUUUGAAUAUAUCUCAAGUAAUGACCCAAUUGAUCAUCCAACGACUCUACCAACCCAUUGAAGAAGUUAAUUGAUAUUGAUGUUGUUAUGGGUUUAUAUUUAUGAGACAUAGUUAGUAUCAGAAAAAUAUUUUAUUUAUUCCAAUAUGUUGAUUGACUUUGCCUUGCUAUAUUUUAUGGACCUCAUAAUAAAAAGACUUUAUUAAAUUUUUUAAUUUUUGAAAAA